CUUUUUGACGUUUGGACCGGACACAAUCAGCUGUUAUCGUCGUCAAAAAAUUUGCGCUGCUAGUAAUUAUUGAAAUAAAAUAGUCAUUUAGCAGUUUGUGAGAAGUGAUAAAGUGUAGUGUGAGUGUAAAGCAUGGCGGUGUACGCGGCUCACCUGACGCGGACGUUGUCGGGGACGCCGUCGGUGUUCCAGAUAGUGGCCCAGGAAGCUCUGGGCAGUACCGUGAAACCGGCGCUUAGGAAACUUGUUGAGUACCUUGCAGCAACGUACCCCAACAAGUGUGGGUGGACGGUGGACUGGUACGAUGAAUUGUACUUGGUGUUUGACUGCCUGCUGCAGUACCACUAUCUCAAGCAUUAUGCGGCAUCAUUCUCGGAGUGUUUCUAUGGUCUCCUCCGCGUCCCGGCACACAUCAGUGGCGAGUUCAGCUCGGGGCAGCGCCUCCCGCCGCGGGCCGAGGUUGCCUCGCUGCUGCUGCUGACCGUGCUGCCUUACGUCAGGGAUAAAGUCGAGAGGAUCACGCAGCAGUGGAGGGAGGACGACGAGGAGGGGCGACUGGGGAAGAGCCCCGCGGGGCGCGUGCGCGCGGCGGCUGUGCGCGUGUACGCGGCGGCGCACCUGGCGGCGGCGGGCGCGCGGCUGGCGCAGCUGGCGGCCUACGGCAGCGGCCGCGCGCGCUGCGCCACGCCCGCGCUGGCCGCGCUGGGGCUGCUGCUGCGGGACGCGCCCGCACCCGACCACGGCUACACCUGGGGGGACCUGUUCCACACUGUGUUCUCCGGCCAGAUCGGGAGUGCGGUGGUGACAUUCCCGAUGCUGGGCGGGCUGGUCCUCCGCGCCGCGGAGUACGGCGCCUUCGGCGUGCAGUUCCUCCGCUGGUGGCAGGCGCGGGGCUCCGCCACGCACCAGGCGCUCCCGCCGCCGCCGCCGCCGCAGCUUGACGAACGCGCGCUCCGCUGGAGCAACAGGUGCCCGCUGUGCCUGGGCGCGUGGCGGGCGCCCGCGGUGCUGCCGGUGUCGGGGCUGGUGUUCUGCUACGGCUGCAUCUCGCGCCAGCUGCGGGCGCGGGGCCGCUGCCCCGCCAGCGGGCUGCCCGCCGCCGAGCGCAGCCUGGUGCGGCUGUACCUGCACGACUGACGGGCUAACACGCUCGCGGUAUGUGCCCGGCUGCCUCCCAGCGCGGUGGUCCGGUUACCCAAUACUGAGGAAGAUGCGAUAAUCAUUUCCAUUGGAUAUUAACCCCGCGUUCGAUACGGUGUCACUAACACCCUGUGUAGCGUGGUGCACCCAAUGGGUCGUAUACCGCUCACAAAAGUCACAAAUAUUUGUCAUUAAAUAUAUGAUAAAUAAUUCAAAUCAAAAGGGCAGGCCUUAUCGCUGCGUUUAUAAGUUGGAUGUAUAACGGCGUAAGCGCCUGCCAAAAAGUUAGAAAUUUGUACAGGGUAUAAGGGCAAAAUAAAUUACAUUGUUUGUGUGUAGUAAUAAUGGAGGGAAGCCUUUGCCCAAGAUAAGAAGAUGUGUAGCACUGAUGGUGAAUGAAAUAAAUAGGGAGUGAUAUAUUUCCGUCUCUUGUUACUUUGUCUAUAAUAAUAUUAUGAUCAGAUUAAUUAUGAUAUAAUUUAUUAUGAGAAAUAUCUAGAGAAUCAUUGUUAAUCUCUAGCCCGGUGUUAGAUUAUUUAUUCAUCUCUAUUUUUACUUAUAUAUAUAUAUAAAUUAUAAUACUUACUCUGUAGAUAAAUGAAACAUUCCUUACUAUGAAGUAUUAAAGUUUACCGACUUCAAAAAUUAAAGGCAAUUAUAAAAAAACGCAUUAACUUUUUCAAAUAAGUAGUUACACUUCUGCUAUUUGCAGACAUUGCUACUUAAUACCCUACUCUGGUUUAUGAGACGCGCUAUCAGAUAGCGCUCUGUUGUAAAACUUAAAAGUAAUAAGAAAAAAUAAGACCCUGUUGUACCACUUGGUGGGCCCCGGGGCUUGUCUGGCGACAGGCAGGGUUGUCAGUUUAUCAAUAAGUAAAUAAAUCAAUAGGUAAGCGGGCAAACAUUCUAAAAACUUUAAUGUAGCCAUAAAUAAAGCCAGAAUUUAAAAAGAUAUUGGUAGUGUUAUGUGAUAGAUACCUAAUACAGAUAUAGAUUAUAUUAUAUUGAUAUUAUGCCUGUGUCCAUUUAUUAAACAGUGUUUAGAUAAAAAUACAUGUAAUGUACUCUUUAUUAAGACUGAUUUCUUGUUUACGUAGACUGUGUUGCCAGUGAAUAUAAUACAAUAAUUUUAAGCGUACGUUGUUGUGGUGUAUUUUGGAACAUUAUUUUUAUAAUGACAACAUAAUAAUUGUGGGCUGUGGUUGGUAUUAGGUUAUAUUUAUAUGGAAUAUUUUUAUAAAUAAAACGAUGAACUUUGAAAAAA